CUACACUUUGAGAAAUAAUCUUAUCAGUAAUACCUGUUCUUUAAAGGACCCAGGGAAAAAAAUGGUCGUAAUUGUAAUUGUGAACAUUAAAAACCAGCUUUUGUGAUAUCAUUCUGGAGGAACAUUGUAUCAUUUUUUAACUGCAUUGCAUUUGUGGUUUCUAAAUGACAAUAAUCUGAAUCUGAAUCUGAGAUCACCCUUUAUCAUAUUAAACAAAAAUAUAGCCCAGAAUUCCUGCAGUGUUCACAAUUCAGUGUAACUAUCAGUGUUCUAUAUCAUUAUAAAGUUAAACUGUAGCAAUUCCUGAUACAAGGUUGAGUACCCCUAACCUGAAAAUCUCCAAAGACAUGAUAUCACUAAUAGAAAAUUCCACAAAGUGCUGGGAAGGUUCCCAGGCAAAGUGCAGGUCUUGUGCAUUACAGGUAUUUUUCAGAAGUGACCUCACAUAUGUAUUGAACAGACGUUAAUGAAAAAUAGAAAAACACUACAUAAAGCGAAAAAUGAAGAUCUUGAUCGUGCAUUGAAAGAGUGGAUUCAUUAACACCCGAGUGAACAUAUAGUACUUAACGGUUUGCAGACCAUGAAACAAGCAAAGGCUUAAAACAAACUGGAAAUUGAAGGUAAUUCUAUAUAUUCAAAAGGUUGCAGAAAUUUAAGUCUUAAAGCAAUAAAGAUUUGUGGUGAAAAGAAUGAAUGUUGAUUACAAAGCAAUAGAAAAUUUUAUUGAUGAGUUUCCCAAGAUCGUUGCUGUUGAAAAUCUAACACUCUAAACAGCUGCACCAGUACAUAUGUAUGGUGAACAAGUGUAAAACAAAGACCACUUACUGGUUGCAGAUAAAUUGAGUCAGACAUUAUAGCAACUGCAAACUAUCUUAUUAUAUAUUCCAAAAUCCUGAAACUGAAACACUUCCAGCCUCAAGCAUUUCAAAUAAGGGGUACUCGACCUAUAUUUGAGAAUACAGUGUUAAACACAGGCAUUCAAAAACUGCUGCAACCUAUAAUGUGCAGGAGGAACAUAUCAGGCAGCAUCUAUGGAGGGAAAUGGCCAAUCGACAUUUCAGUUCGGGACCCUUCAACGGGUCUAAAAGAUGAAGGGAAGGAACAGAGCAAGAGCCAGCUAGUGACAGGUAGAUCUACGUGAGGAGGAGUGAGAAGCAGAUGGGAAAUGGAAAGAGCGACUGGAGCUAGGUAGUCCCGAUAGAGGUUAUCGGUACGAAAUGUCGACGAUUGUCUUCCUCCCAGAGACGCUGGUCGACGGGCAGAGUUCCUCCGUUUGCAGGGAGUUGAAUAUACUUCUGUGAAAGGAAGAUUAUUGCCGUCCUCAAAAAAAAAGAAUGUUUUUAACUUCCAAAACACUGAGUUACGUUACACAACCCUCCACACUCACUAUUCAACACCACACUCCAUACAACAGGGCUCAGCAUCAGUUAUCGAGAGCCCGUCCCACGGCGUUGGGGGGGGAACAAAAGUUGAAGGUCGCGACAGCCUUGGCGAGCAUGCGCAGAGCAUCAAGGAAGUGAAGCGGCGAGCAGCCAAUGGGGUGGCAGCGCGCGCGCUUCGAAGGGAGCUGCGGGCCAUGGAGUCGGUGCUGGAGAACCUGGAGCGGUUCGCUGAGGUGCUGGCGGUAGCGAGGAGCCCGUGGGCCAGCCACUGGGAUGAGGCGGCGGUGACCCGAGCCUUCCAAUGGGCCUGCUAUUUCCAGCAGCUGGACUUGCGGCUGGAGGGGAACACGAGCGCGCAAGCGGCCUUGCGCCGGCAGCUGAACCUCCCGGGUCGCUGUACCGACCACCCGCUGCCGUGGUACCGCGGCUUGCGGUUCGAGGAACUUAGCCGGGGCCAGGAGAUGCUCAGUCAGGCGUUACUGUGCAACCCGGCGGCCUCGGCCGCCGCCUUCCACCGAGCCGCCUCUUGGUACCGAAGUGCGAGCAGCAGUCGGGCGGCCGUGACGACGUCGCUGAGACGCGCGGCCCGGCUGACGGCGGCGGCGCGGGUUCUUCAGGCGUGCAGGCGGAGCGCCGCAGGCCCCGGCGAGGGUUCGACGGAACGCCAGCCCGUGGCCGAAACGCAAGCGGAGAUACUGCGCCAGCGCUUGGGGGAACAGAGGCGGGAAUUACCGGAGCAGGAGGUUUUGCGGCGGACGGUGUCUGGUGGCGGCGGAGACGGCGCCGACUCCUGGCGGCCACUCGCCGCGCUGUUAUCGGCUGCGGGCGCCGAGGAGGCGCCCCCGCGAACCUGGCGGUGGUUGCUAGGUAACAGGGACGCGCUGAGCGCCGCCUGUCGCGCGCUGCCCUGCUCGGUGCUGGCGCGGCUCGCGGCGCGAGAGCCGGCCUUCUCGCGAGAGUACCUGGAUUUCCUGCGGCAGUGGGCCAGGCGUAUGCGGUACGACGCGAGCAGCGGCCGCUGGACGCACGAAGAGUCGCCCGAGCUAGACUGGGAGAGAUUGUUGCAGCACUUCUCCAGUCUCUUGCAGGGGCCGCCACAAACGAAAGAGUGGACGCGAGAGACGUUAAACUCUUUAAAAACUAAGGAUGGAGAUUUUGAAGUGUGGGGGAUCAGCAUAUGGACAGACCUGUUGCUUGCAUUAAGACAACAGAAAAUUGCUUGAGAUUGUAAUUUGCUCUUUUAAAAUGUAUUUCUUCUAUUAGAUGUUGAAGCCUAGUAAUAUAUUUGGACAACUGAAAUUAUUUUCUGCUAGUUAAGUUAUUUAAUGCAUUGGGAUGAAACUGAAAAUGCUGGGAAAAGAUAUAUCGGGCAGCAUCUGUGGAGGUAAACAAUUAAGGUUUCAAGUCAAUGAUAUUUCACAAUUGGAAAAAGAUCUAGUUAAAUUAAAAAUUGGCAUUUUGUUCCGUUUGUGUCGUUUGGCAUGCUGAGCAAGCCCAACAGCAACACACUACAAGUUUCAGUGUAGUCUUUGAUUAGGUGGAAAGCAGUAGGUUGAAUAAUAGGAGAGGUAAAAGCAGAUAAAACCUAGACCCCUACUAAGUGUUUCCAGUACUUUAAUUUUCAGAUUUCUACCCUUAUUAUGCUUUAAGCAUUUGAAAUGUUUUCAUCACGUUAAAUGACUAUAUAGGUAUGUUCAGGGAAACUGACACAUUAGAAUUUUUAUUUUAAAGUAAAACUGGUUAUCUGUGCCUGACUAAUCUCUUUGUAUAAUUAGUCUUUGAUUCCAGGUAACAUCUUGGUGAAUCUGCUCUCUGUUGCUCCCAUAUUUAUCCUGCAAUGUGACCACCAGAACUGUCCACAGUACCCUAGAUGUAGCCUGACCAAAGUUUUGUAAUGCACUUCCACUGUUUGUUUCUUCCAUAUAGGAUUUGAAAUGAGCAGAUAAACCAUAGUGUUUUUGCCUUGCAUCAAUGUGCAACAUCUACCCUCUAUUUGUUGACCUUUGAGCUACUGGAAAGUUUCACUUUUUUAUAUAACCUGUAAUUUUAAACUGUAUCAAAUCCCUUGGCUAUCAUUGUUCAAAUAAAUUUAUCCAUGUUAAGUCUUUUUGUUGGAUUCAUUUCUUUCACACCUCCAAAGCUUUUGUCUUUUACAAAAAUAUACUAUCUGGAGGAGAAGCAAUACUCUGCUAAAUACCAAUUGGGGUUAUAAUGGUGUAUCAUAGAAGAAGUACUCUGCAGGAUUUUUUCAACCUUAUUUUGGUUGACCUACUUGCAGGAAUUUGGGUAUGAGCAACUUGUCCCUCUUGCUACCUGCACCUCUUUCCAAAAUUAUGCUAUAUAGUUCUUAGCAAGCUCUACUGUGCUUAAUUUUUCAAAUGCCUCCCAUAAACCAAUGUAGCCUGUCUUUAAUUUUAGAUUAUCAUUUUUUUUACAUUUUGUGUGAUAAGCAAACUUAGUGAUUAUUUUGUGAUGAUUCUCUCAAAAAAGACAAUACUUGUGUUGCAACAUGCAGUCAACAAUCCUUAAACGUAUUUGCUCAUUGUGUCUGUUUUCUGUAUAUUUAGCUUUUGUGUUGGAUCCUUUUAAAAAUCAGAACUUAAGUUUCCAAAUAUUGCCAUGACAUUUUUAAUGAAUGCAGGUAUGUUGAAUUUAAAUUGUCACUGUUCAAACUGGUUUAUGAAUCUUGUAAAGCUACAUAAGAUUACUUAUUUAAUUUGCAACUAAGAGCAUAAGAAAUACAUAAAUCUAUUUAGCCAGUUCUGUUAUUCAAGAAUAUCUCGAUUUGUACUUGGUCUUUCUUGUUUUCUGUCAUAGUACUUGACUCUUGCAGACCAAAACUAUAACAGCCUUAAAUAUAUUGGAGGGUAAUUCAAUUGCCAUGCACAAAUUAAACAUGUUUUUCACUUCCAUUAGUUAUAGAAGAGGUGGGCUUGCAGUUAGAAGUUUUUGGUCAACCAUUAUUUAAUAUCUUAAUGUGCCGAGAUAAAGGCAGUAUGUUUUUAAUCAUUUUGUGAAACUACCUUCAAUACUGCAGCUUCCUGCAUUCAACAAGCAAGGAUGUCACUCAAAUCUAAUAAGCAAUGUACUUUUAAAUGAAUGCAAACUGAUUGAAGAUUGCUGCAACUUGUUUUGAUUUCUGUGGCCCAGUUCCUUUUUAGGAGCUACUAGUCAGUACAUCAAGAAGCAACCUUUAAAAUGAUAGAAAAUGCUUUUUUUGUUGUAAUGAAUUGCACAAUUUGAAUGUGAUCCACACAACUUCCAUUCUAUAUUUAAUCUUAUCAGGCUCACAUUCUAUGUGUUUUAAUUUGCAGUUCUCUAGCUUCUUGCUAGAUUGUUUUUUCCUCCUAUCAAUCUCAUGGUAAGAAUUUUAUUUUAAGUUCCUUGUUAGAAACUAGUUAGUUAAGGCUCCUUGCUGUGCAUUCAUAAACACUUUUUUCUUUCACACUUCAUAAUUUCAAAGGCAUGUCUUAUUCAUUUUUUUUCUCAUGAAAAGAUCCUUAGCCUGUUCUUUCUAGAUCAGGAGUUCCCAACCUUUUUAUGCUAUGGACCCUACCAUUAAUAGAGGGGAUCCCAACCUGGGGCAUAUGGACGCAUGUUAAUAAUUCUCAGUUCUCGUAUUGUCCUAAUCAUUUGUCACCACCAGUAAAUUGAUUUUUCUUUUGAUUAAAUUGUUCCAAUUUAUAAGUCUUGGCAGCAGUGUUUUUCGGCAGUAAUGUUUUCACUUUGCAGAUGCUUUUUAAAUUCAAGUUGUGAUUUCUAGUUUUAGAUUAGGUGUGAACUUUGGCAAUUUUAGCUCUGAAUCAGAAGUAAGAGCAUUUAAUUUCCACUCCAGAAAUUUGAGCGUCUAAUCUAAGUUGACACCAUAUGUACUACAAAGAAAGUGUGGCGCCACUGAACUGAGGCCCAGUUUCCUUUUGGAAAGACAUGAAAGAAUUCAUAUCUUUAUCCAUGGCUUUAUUCAAAGAGCAGAUAGUCUCCUUGACUCCUGUGAAUAUAUAUAAAUACCUGAAAUAGCACAACUAAAAUUGAAUUAGUUGUUAAAUCAUUAUUUGAGGAUCUUGAUGUAGAUGCAUUCUGUUUUGUUUGUAAACUUUACCAUGUCUGCAAUUUAAAAGCACUUGGUUGUUAAGCCAUUUGGCAUCUUGAGGUUGAAAAGGUUUCAGUGUAAAUGGCUCUUUUAAUCUCUAGUCUAUCCAAUAGAUUAUUCCUCAA